GUGGAGAACGAACUUGCGGUGUACAUGAGCUAAUCUGCAUUAGGAAAGUAUCUCCUGAAGCAAUUGGAUUCCUGUCUGCUGUUGGAGUGUUCAUUAUUCUCAUGUUGCUACUUUUCCUAUAUAUUAAUAAGAAGAUGUGUUUUGAAAAUGUUAGCAGUUUCCCAGAUCUCGAUUCAGGAUACACUACAAGAAAGAACUCACAAGAUAAACUUUGUUAGAAUAAAAAAAAAAUGUAUUUCCACCUCACACAGUUGUCUUAUUUCUGAAAAUAAUGAAUUUCAUUAUGGCUAGUUGAUGCUGCAGUUGAUGAAAGACUAUGGUUUUGCUGGUUGAUUGUGGCUUCAUUUCAAGAUAUUUUCUUAGCUGCUUGCUUAUUAUUUUCAAUGCAUAUUGAAUGGAAAGAGUGAAGCUGCAACUUCCCCUGGUAAAUGUAUUGAGUUUGAUAGCAAAGCAAAUAGCUCUGACGCUGAACUUGGAGAAAUGGAGUUGAUCUGUUCGUGAAAAAGAGGACCUUUCUGUAUUAAAAAUUGUUGCAGAAUAGGUUGGACAAAUGGCGUUUUUCAGAAACCUCCAUCAAAAUCUGAACCUUCCGUCUGUAUCUUCUCUGGUCGACACGCUUAGCAGUGCUGUGGAUGAUCUGACCAGUGUUGUUGGAGAGGUUGGCUACAGUGUAGCUGAUUCAGUAACAGAACAAGUCACGAGCAUGAUACAUGGCCUUCGGGCAGAAGAUGAAAGCUCCAAAAUACAGAAUGCUAAACCUGUUGAAGAGAAAGAGGAACCUACACCAUCAUUAACUCAGUCUCAGGAAAUCAGUAUGAAAGCGAAGAGAGGUAGUGCAGAACAGAGAGAGACUCAUUAUUCUAAUUGGAUAGAUUUUGUAAAAAAAGAUACAAGUCAAGAUGGAGCAUCUGAGCAUGUCAUGGACAAAAACCAGUGCCAGUUAAAAGGCACAGAUAGUAAUAAUCACUUAAGUUAUACAAAAGUGCCUCAGAAUUCGAACGCUGUAGGAGGACCUUUUAAAAAGGAAGCAGUAGGAAGAAAUGAGUAUUUUGUAAAUGAUAAGUUUUUGAAGGACAGUAAUCUGAAAAUUAAUAAAUCUACAAUGGAGCAAUCUAUUGAGGAAGAAAAUAAUUGCCUCCAUGCAGUAUCGGAUAAUUCUAAGAAUCAUUUGCAUAGAAAAAUCAAACCACAGUCACCUGGAGUUGAUUUUAAAGAUUCUGAAGACACGCGCGAUGUGAAUGUUCCCCAAGCUUUAGAAACAAAGCUUGUUGAAGUAGGAAAGCAAAAGUUAUCAGACUCCAGCCUGAAGAAGAUGCACAAUGACCAUCCCAAUUGCAUUAAUGAAAUCAAAGAAAAGAAAUCUGAAACCUUUUUUUUGAGAAAAGGAAAAUCCGUAUCAAAGGAUGAGGAUGAUAUGUCAACCGCAAUUGCAAUAGUGGGUAAAAAGAAAAACUCAAAGAAAUCAGAAAGAGAGCUAUGUAAUAAGAAGACAGCAGGAAAAGACAACUCUUAUAUGAGUAAAGACCAGCAUGGUUCAUCAUCUGAGAGUGAAGAUGAAGCACUGGGUAAAUAUCAUGAGGCCUUGUCUAGAACCCAGAGUUCCAGGCUGCCAGUGGUGGAUGGCAGACAGCAAAAAAACUAUAUAUGGGAAACCAGACAAAAAUAUAGUCCCCUGUCUGCAGAAUAUGAUGGAUACAGUAGUGAAGCCUCAAUAGAUGAAGCGAACUGCAUUCAGAGGAUGAGAAGAACACCUCCGCUAGAUGAACUGCAGCCGCCUCCAUACCAGGAUGAUAGUGGUUCUCCUCAUCUUUCAUGUACGCCUUCUGAAGUUGGAGACAGUAAAUGUGAAUUUUCCCAGUGUAGCAACAGUCCAAGAUGUUCGUAUAAGUGCCCAAGUGAAGGAAGCACGGGACACGAAAUAGAAAGCUUUCAUAACAAAGGAUAUGAAGAGGAUGUACCAAGUGAUAGUACAGCUGUCCUUAGUCCAGAGGAUAUGUCAGCUCGAGGAUCAUCUUCACAGCUUCCUAAACCUUUUGAUCCUGAGCCAGUAGCUAAAUAUGGCACACUGGAUGUGACUUUUGACUAUGACUCACAGGAACAGAAGCUUUUGGUGACAGUGACAGCUGUCACAGACAUUCCCACAUACAGCAGGACAGGUGGAAGCUCGUGGCAAGUACACCUAGUUCUUCUCCCUAUAAAGAAGCAGAGAGCAAAAACCAGCAUCCAGCGGGGACCAUGCCCUGUCUUCACAGAGACAUUCAAAUUUAAUCACGUUGAGUCUGAGAUGAUUGGGAAUUAUGCAGUUCGCUUUAGACUGUACAGUGUACGUCGCGUGAAAAAAGAGAGGAUUGUGGGAGAAAAGAUUUUUUACUUAACAAAAUUGAAUCUUCAAGGGAAGAUGUCAGUGCCAGUGAUACUGGAACCUUCUUACAGUCUGUCUGGUUGUGACUCUCAAAUGAGCAUGUCAGAAGUGUCUUGCAGUGAAAGUACCUCCUCCUGUCAGUCUCUGGUACAUGGCUCAGCUCCAGAAAUCCUCAUUGGCCUCCUUUAUAAUGCUACAACUGGAAGAUUAUCAGCAGAAGUGAUAAAAGGCAGCCACUUCAAAAACUUGGCAGCGAACAGACCACCCAACGGACUGUUCUGUUGUCUAAAACACUUGAUAGGUGGACAGGUUUAUAUAAUCCGAGAUACAUAUGUUAAGUUAACACUGCUGAACUCGAUGGGGCAAGAAAUGUCCAAAUGCAAAACUUCAAUCCGCCGAGGACAGCCAAAUCCAGUAUACAAAGAAACCUUCGUUUUCCAAGUGGCAUUGUUUCAGCUUUCAGAUGUGACGCUCAUACUGUCUGUAUAUAAUAAGCGCAGCAUGAAACGAAAAGAGAUGAUAGGGUGGAUUUCCUUAGGUCUCAACAGCUCAGGAGAAGAUGAACUCAAUCACUGGACUGAAAUGAAAGAAUCUAAAGGACAGCAAGUAUGUAGAUGGCAUACUUUACUAGAAUCAUAGUGGACAAUAUAAAGUGCAGUUGUGGUUUUAAGGGAGUUUGGUCUCUUAGGAUGAUGAUCAUCCCCCGUCACAAUCAACAGAUUUGUUGUAGAAGUAAAAAACAAAAAAUGAGGUCAACAUUCCAUCGUGAAGAAAUGCACAACAUGCAAAAUGGUGGGAUUUAAUAUAUAAUCUUCGCUUAGUGUCAGACACUUCCUUGGUGUCAGAGAAGCCUUGCUGUACACAGAUACAUUAGCAGUUCCUCCCCCAUCCACCUGAUGCUGUAUUUGUUUGGGUUUGUUUUGUGGUUUUCAAUUCAAACAUUUUAUGUAAGGUUCUCCAAAUGAAUGUAAACUCCUCCUUGUGUAUUUUUUGUGUUGCUCUAAUAUUGUAGCUUCUGACCUGCCUGCAUUCAGAUUAAAGGUCAAUAAUUUGCACUCUGAGAAAAAGUUAAUGAUCUGUAGAACAAAAGAAAAAAAAAUCACUGGUGGAGAACACUUAGUGAUAUAGCAUAUAUUAAUAUACUGUUGUUUUACACUGAGUUUCUUUUCAGGAGUUUAGUGCAAGUAAGUUUGCAUUUUUUGAUAUGUGGUUGGUUUGAAAAAUAUUAGCAUUUGGGCAUCAGGUGAACUUUGACAUCAAACUAAUGUUUCUUCAAUCUGUGACAGGAACGAGCUCUAUAUAUGGCAUAAAUUGGGGUUUUUCCUCUUGCCCAUACUUCUGCCUAAUCCAAAGAGACCAGAUCAUUAGUUGGUCCCUUCCAAAUCUCCUUAGACAGGUUGUACUGUAAAACUAUGUAACUUUCUGUUGAAAGCACUUCCUGUAUUCAUGUAUUCCAAUGUAGGAAGCUCAUAGAGCACGACUUUACUAAAAUAUAUUUUCAUUAAACAAAUCAAUAUGGUUUUCUUUAAAAUGUCAGCAGCUGGAAGUUAGGUUGAAAGACUGAAGGAAGCAGCAACAGUUGAACUGCUCUGAACGAAUGUGAAACGCUAUGGCUUUUGUUGAAAUAGAUAUCAGUUUUAGUCUCUUUGGAGCUGUUCUAGGGACUACCAUAUGCUCUUUGUUGGAAGUAGGGAGCAGACCAGGACUUUUUACCUUUCUUCUUGGAGAAGAGAACAUCAGUAAGAUGUUUUUCUAGUGAUUUGCCAGCAAUUGAGUGAAUGUUCACACCCAAUAUAGAAGUUUGCUUUGCUUAUGUUCAGGUUGGGAAAUAGCAGCUUUCUAACACCACAAUUGAGAAGCCACAGUAUCACCAAAAAGUUUGCCAUCAGAUAAACACUCAUGGCUUCCACCAAAAUUAGGCAAAUAUCAGUGCUUCUGAGAUUCCUGUUUGUCCCAAAUACUUUAACUGGAAUCACACUAAUUUACUUAUUGCUGAAUCUAAUUCAUAUUACUGAAAUUGUGGAUUAUUGAGUAAAUAUUUUUAAAAAGCUUCCCAAUUAAAAUAUUCUAUUUGCCUGUAAUUGUAAGUUUCAUUUACUUUUAUUUGUUGCUGUAUGGAAAGCAAGUGAUUUUUUUAUAUAUGGUGUCUUACUAAUAUGGGUCCUCACUGACUGAUGGGUAAAAUAAUGAAGUUUUAGAUUUUGUUGAGAGAAUUAGUAGUGGCCUAGAGUGUCCUCAUUAGGACCAAUGUUUUUCUCUUGAAUUUCUUUAUAAUACCUUUGAACCAUCCUGGCUUUAGCAUAUACAGACAGUCAAGUACAGUGAGAUUGGAGACAGUGAGUAUGCUAUGAAAAAGAAAUUUCAUAUGGUUCUCAAAUUCUCACAUUACUUAAUGAAAUUGUUAAGUCCUUUUUAAAGGAUGUAUGUUGUAACUCCAUUUCUUGGUUUAUUUGGUGCCUUUUGAGGGGUUUAUUUGCAGAGAUAGGCUUUCAGGUUUUGUUGAUUUAAAGAUUUAAAACAUUAUUACAGGCUUUGGGUUUUUUCCUGGUAUUGUGCUGCUGCUUCGUUUACAGAAACUUUAUUUACUAAAUACAAAUAAUGCAGAAACUUUCUUUAAACAGGAAUGGUCUUGCAGUAAUACAAUACAAGUUGUCUCUCUCAGUCCUUUUUGUUGCUCAGUUUGUGAAAUGUAAUGUUGAGUGUAGAAUUUAAUAAAAAAAAAUGAACAUUAACUUUAUAUGCAUAAGGAAAAUUCUCAGAUUUUCCCUAUUCUUUCAGCUUUCCAUACAAUAGAAACACUGACUCAGAAGCUGUUCAAAAGCAAUUUUUCAGUGGAUGUGAAGUGUUUUCACUCAUUCUGUUUGUGGAUAUUUGGAUGCUCUUUUCUAAAGCUGAAAGUUGUCUCUUGAUAGUUGUCUCUUUGUACAGGUUUUGCUUUGUAAAAUAAUGCACAGUAUUUAACAGUAAGAACUGAACAAAAUAAUUCCAGUGAAGACUAUAGUUAACAUCAUCACUAAACAAAUGAAGAAGUCAUAUUUGGAAGGUGCAUCAAAUCACCUCUUACAGAACCAAACUAAACUAAACUAGGUUGCAGUGCUUCAAUUUUACAUCUAACCAUUCAGAUUUCUAAGGCACUGAAAUCUUAGUUUAAACACAGCAGAGAUUUACAGUAGUCUGUGUUGGGCACAUUUGGGAAGAGGAAUCUCUUUCUAGAUCAUGUUCCCAAGGUAUCUGGGUCUGGUCUGUGCUUCACAGAAAGAGAUUUGGCUUGGGUUUAUACCGUACAAAGACUGGGAACUGAAUGUAUAAAGAAGGGAAAUGAAUGUUAAAUUCUGAGGCAGUAGAGUAUGGAUUUGCCAUUCAAAACCAGUAAUACCAGUAAUUGGAUUUGCCCUGGGAUUUUUGAGUUAGUUAUAGUAUCAAUAGCUUUCAUGUUAUUUUUUCUCCCUAGAUCCCGUUCUUAUGAUUUGUUUGUAAUUCUGUUUUCUUAAUGCUUUAUGCAAACCUAUACUUUUGUAUUUGAAAUCUGCUUUUAGAUACUGGGGUUUUUUUAAUCCUGCAUAAGGGCUUAUACAUACAGUAUGGUUUUGGUCAUUCAGUUAUGUCUUAGGCAUGGGAAAGAAUUUCUAAAGAACAAGGUAUCAGAAACAAAUCAGAGGCAUUGGUGUUUUCCUCAGAGACGUCUUUUUUUUUUUUUCAUAGCUUUUUGUUGUUCACCUUUGUUCAGAAGUACAGUAAGUGCUUGGAAGAGUUUAUCAAACUAAUUACUUUGCUGUGUGCCAAUAUACCAUGUAGAGAUAAAGUUCUUGAAUUGAAUCUGUUUCUUGUCAGUGUAGCCUUAAAUAAUUAUAGAACAAUGACAUUCUUACAGAUUCUAUACUUGAAAAUAUUGCAUCCUUGAUCAAUUUUAUUUAAUGUUUAGAACAUUUCACAUGGGUCUUCUUAAGGUAUUACGAAUAUAAAAAAUUGGUUAGUUCCUUUCUGUAGUAAGGGCAAGAUUGUGGAAGGGCAGUCUAGGCAGGCACAAAAUUGUUGCGCAGAAGGAUGAGAGGUUGUACAGUGUCUGCAAGACAUCAUUGUCUUCCACACACAUGGAGGCAAAGAGUCAGCAGAGCCAUGCUUCUGUUCCCCAAUCAGCCAGGUAGCACAGGCAAGGAGGAUAGUACUGAUAAGAUUCAAAGCUUGGUCCCCAAGGCACUGCCUCAUGCUCAGGACUUAAGACAUCCAUGCUGUAACCACACUGUGAGGUCUGACUGCAGAGACAGAAGUUAGGCAAGGUGUAAGUGCUGCUACUGGAGAAAUACGACAUAAUUUCUAAAUCCAGUUAAAGUUCUCUAACUUAAUAAUUAGAUGUUGAAAUAUGGUGAGCCCUUGGAAUGACUGUGUGUCUUCUUACUGGAGCUGAACAUUUAUCAGUUAAGACAGUACUUGAGCUGAAAACAGAUUUUAUGGCAUACACUGUACGAAAUACUUUCACCUGUAAAUUUUUGCAACCAUUCCUGAUGGCAGAUGCAGUGCCAGCAUCAGUAUCUUCCCAUUUUUCACACCUUUGGAGCAACUUUUUUUGUUGUCUAAAAUUUGUGUUUGUGUUACUGGUUUGUUCUCUUUUAUCCCUAAUGACUUGCUCCUGCAAACUCCCCAGCACCCUGAGAAGCUGUCUGUGGCAGUCACCUUGACCUCAGAAGUCAAGGGCACUCUGCACCACUUACAAUAAGGUAUUGGUGCAAAAUUCCUGAGACCUGCCCAACUCCCUAAGAUUUCUGAAAUGUUUUAAUAUAGUGAAGCAGAAGAAAAUAUUUUUCCUUGAAGUAGAUGUUUUAAUGUAGGAAUUUUAUACAGAUUGCUCUUACACAUGCAAGUUUUAACAAAAAGUCUGCAGUAAAAUCAGAGAAUGAGGUUUUAGUGGAAAAAUUUUGGCCUGGCUGUUCCACCUUGAAGCUGACAGCAGAAUUCCCUUUCAUUUAACUGGAAGUUGUACUGAGCCAUUUACUUAUUCGUCACACUUUUCUGGAGGAAAAAAAGCUGUCCUGUUUAAGGCAGUCUUUGAAAUUAUGGCUUGUCACCUGUAAGGCAGACUGACUUCCUCCUGUAGCUGAAUUCUCAGUAACAGCUAAACAUCCAUUUAAUUCUCACACUGAUGUGCAUACUUGCCUGACAUUAAUGUUAAUGAGAGGAGCCCAUGGGCAUCAACAGGGGAGGAGACCUGACCCUGAAGGUGUGAAGUGCAAUAGGAUCAGUGGGUUAGAGCAGUGGCGCAGCAUGGCGCCUGCAAUACAAUCCCACAAAUGGGAUUUCGAUUAUGAAUGGAGGUAAAAAAACCAAAUAUCCGUAUGCUGUCACAAACUUGUUAUUUAAUCAUUAUCUCUUAUUUUUGUUUCUUCUUUUUCCUCAGCUUCUGAAAUAUUUUCAAAACUUAAUAUUAAAAAUGUUGAAGCAAUCCCCAAACAUCUUGAUCCUUUUAACUGGAACAUUCAGCAAAGUUUAUUGUUAGAACGAGCCAUCAAGAAUGUUCUGUAUUUUUGGUCUAUUUAACUCAACUGCCAGAUUUUGUAGUGCAUCACAGCUGGAUUUCAGACUACUUUGUUCCGAUGGUAGUUUUUGAGGGGAAAGUCACAGGAGCAUUUGCUUGUCAGUGAAUCAAUGCCUGAUGAAGAGUUGUCAUCUGGGAGUGAGAGCAUUAAAAUUAGAGAUGGCUUCAUACAGUGGCAGCAACAGUGACUCAAACUCACUCUUGAAGCCGUGUGGCCCUCGGAGGGCCUUACUCAGAGAAAGCGUGACGUGAAUUGUGGGAGUUCAUACAUUCAAAGCAGCACCAGCCUGUGUGGCCAUUCCAUGGCUUCUAACCUAGUGUAUUUUACAGAUGGAAGCAGGGUAGGUGCUGUUUAUUUGCCUAGGGUGAGUACCAACAGGCCUACAUAGUUUAGCCUUAAGAACUUAUCACUGACUUUGCUUAAGUUCAAGCAGGGUUUCUUCCUUUCUGCAGACUAUGCAGAGAUCUUGUGCACCCAGUGUAUCUGCUUAUAUUAUGCCUGUGACUAUGGCACAGUUAUAUUAAUGCUAGCAAGCAUAGUUCACACGUAACAUGGUGUGACUGAAUAAAUGGGUCUGAUACGUGCUGGAUCAGGUUUUGCUGUGCCGGCUUAUGCUGUUGUAAUACAGAAAUAAGAUCCUUAUGCAGAGGAAUGUGCCAGGAGUCAGGAAAGUGGGUAGUAUUGCUCCUGUAGGAAUGAAGACCGGGAAACAGCUAUGCCCAGGAAAUGGGCAAGGCUCACCUAAUAGCAGGGAGAAUUAAUUCACUUCCUUGGAAGCAUCUACUGGUUGAGCUGGCAUAAAGCCUUCAAAAGCUGCCUGUCUCUAAGGACCCUGCUCAGGAGAGUAGAAGCAGUAAUAAUAUACCACUGAAGGAAUACCUCAUGGACAUUCAGGGAUGUAAUUAACGUCAUCCUUGUUUUCUCAUAUAUCAAGACAGGAGUCUUGCCAUCAAGUUAAUUUUUUUUUGUUGUUGUGGACAUUUCCCCUGUGGACAUUCACUGCAUGCUAAGGGUCUAAAGUGGAUUGCUUUCUAACUUUUGGUUCAUCUCCAAAGCAUGGGUUUGAAUGAGUUCACAGAAUUAACUGGAAGCAUUAUCAUAGCUUUGAGAUGUAAUCUCUAGGCCAUAGUGCAAGCAAGGAGCAGGGCUUUGAACAAGCUUUGAUAGUAAAUUUUUCAAAUGGCUUAUGAUGAUGUUUUAAGAAAUUUCUAAGCAGUUGAAUGUAUUAGGGAAUAUUUACAAAAAAGGAGAUAGAGCAAUGAUCUUUUUUUACUAUACAGCUAGUUUGCUGUCCUUUCCAGUAAACCACAAGGUUCAUUAGUGCUCAGUACUGUUUCAUUUACAAUAACUGUUUUUAAUGUGAUUUUCAUGAAAAAGUGUAAUUAGUGAAACCUUUUAUUGAAUUUUUCCCUUUCUUUGCUUUUUUUAAGGAGAUAUUUCUCCUUAUAUAGUAUAUAUAUACUUUCUUACAGAGCUUUCUUACCUAUUUUUAUAUAAGAUGAUUUAACAAUUUAAAAUUAAAUGCUCUAUGAGCAAGCUAUAUCACUGUUACGCAAUCUAAAGUGCUAAUAUAACGACUAAGGGCCUGAACCUACUGCCUUUUACUCAGGUCCUGGUUUAACCACAUGUCUUUCAUGCUGUGUAGUACCUUUCCCUAUAAGCAGUUCCCUCCCUUUCUCCAGGAGGACUCAGAGAAAGGCACUAUUAACAUGAAUAACAGUGGUAAAACUGAGCCUCCUCUCCAUUCUUAGCAGGACAUCUGUCAUCAGUAAAGGCUGCUGGCUCUGUCCCAAAAGUAUAGUUACAGAUUAUAGUUCCCUUGAUCUUCAGUAAUUUUGAACUUGCUUUCUAGUGACUAUAAGCUAAUAAUUGAUCAUAGUGAAUAGAAAUAUUGAAUUGUGCUGUUAUCAGCAAGAUUUUUAAAAUGUGUUUCACAUUUUAAUUCAUUCUUUUAUUGGGGUAUAAGGAAUUGGUUUUGUGAAGCAUUAUAUUGCAUAGAGACAGCACACAUUCACGGUAUUUUUAAAAAGUAUGAAAUAUACAGUAUGUAGCAUUUUCUUUCAUACUUUUAUACUGCCUGUAUGCCACCGAUAUACUCGGUGCCUUCUUUCUUUUGUAUAAAACUAAUACAUAGGAAAACUAAAGUUAUGGUGUAUAAGCAAUGUCACUGCAACUGAAGAGAUGUCUUAACCUGAUUAUUCCUAGUACAGGAGGUUUCAAACGGCAGUUCAGUUCAACACAAUGUAUUUCUUUGAAUUUGAAGCUUUCCCCUUUCCUUCCUUGCCCCCCUUUCCAAGAAACCUCCUCAUAUGACUGUUUAUUCUUAAUUGAUUCCUGUGUCUGAUGUAAGUCACAUGGUGUUAACCAAAGAACCAAGUCUGUUUCUAAUUCUUUGGACAAAUGAUGUUUGGACUUGCUGUUACUUAAAGACAGAAAUGAUAAAAUGGAUCUUUUUGAACAAAUAUAAAAUAGGCUUCUGUAAAUGUGACUCAUAGCUGAAAAUUCAAGAUACCUCUUUUUUUUUGACUGAUUGUGCAUUGUUGUAUCAGUAGCAAAGUGUUUGAGUUUUAUUUCUUUGUGCAUUUUAAUCAAAGUCCCAUCACAAGCAAAAAUAUAAGUCGGCCAGUGCUGUCAAAAUAGCUUGUUUUUCUCAUUUUAUACCUAUAUCUGAAGUGUGCAACUUUGAGAACAGAUUCAGUUUUUCUGUGUCUGAAGUCCUGAUACUAUAUAAUAACUGUCUAUUGUGUGCUGGACUUAAAGAAACAGACUCAUGCUGCAUUGUAUGUACAUUUCCUACCAGUAUCCCUUUGUUGUGUAAUUUAUGUAAUAUAACAGUUUUCAACUACUGUUUCAACUUGAAAUUCCUUAAAUUUCAGUGCAUGUAUAGCCUUAAACAUUUAAGACACCAAGCACAGUUUUAAUGGGAAUAGGUUAUAUUUGCAAGUCCUGUUUGGCACAGAAGUCAGAGAACUAUUUUUAUAUAUCAAAGGCUGUAGAAAAUGGGUCUAUUGCAGUCAUGUUAUCAACCAUGCUCCUAAUGAUAUGCAAUUUUUAAGAAAGCAUUUUUGCUGAAGUUUUUAGGGUGAAAUAUCAGUGCUCAUUUCCUUUCUUGAAUUUGCUUAUUUUGUUUUCAUACUUUCAUUUCUGUACAGAACCUUGGAGCCCCUAAUUAAUGUCCAUGACUGAAUUCACCCCUAUUUUCAGAAUUCCUUGAUCUGCUUUUCUUCUCUGCUACAUUCUUAAGUUGAAUAAGCAGUAAUUAAAAUUCUUGGGGGGAAAAAAAAAAAAAUAUUUUGUCAGUAACAUAAUUAGAGCAAAUGACUGUUUGCAACUGUUUAUGCAGAUUAUUAAAGUUUUAGGACUUUGUUUGAAACUGUCAUAAUCUAGAUGAAGGCAUAUGCUUCAUGGCAUUUCAGUCCACAGCAGGUGAAAACAGGAGUCCUGGUGAUGAACGUGCAGAUCCUGCAUAUUGGGUGUCAGAUUUUAAAUCCCCAGAGGGAUUUGUAAUUAAGUGUCACAUUGUAUCUACAGUAUCUCCAGUUGUGUGUCACCAGAUACUUGUGGUUUUGCUUUGUUUUCAUUAUUAUUACCUAGCAAAAAAACUACUUUUAUCAUUUUGUGCUACGGUAUAUUAAUCUUGAGGGUUUCCGGUACGCAAGGUUGGUUUAAUGUUGUCAGUUCUCUUUUUGUAAAAAAAGCUGGACUUUCAGCACAUGCAUGUCAUUACUAUUCUGAUUUUGGGGAGAGGCAGAAUGCCACCAGCUGGUUUAAGUUAUACUUACCUGUACAGCACAGGUAACUUUAAUGCCAUGUUAGUUUGAUUAAAACAUGCUAUAGUAUAUUUUCAAAUCAUGGAUCUGUCACAACAUUAAAAUAGUCAUUUUGCAUAUCUGAAGCUUUGCAGCUGUGGAUUUGUGUUUUGUUCUGUUUGUAUUGAUUAUUCUGUGAAAUGUAUUGUCAGUUUGAGAACUGGAAUGGGUAUCCUUUGGUUAUUUCAAAGUAUUUUCUGUAUGUGGAAUCAGCUUUUUGCAUGUGAACUUCAUUGCUGGAAAGUAUUUG